GGCCAAUCAAAACUUAUGAUACAGACCGAUUUAGGGCGGAAGGGCAAAAUGGCUUUAGAAACAAAAACAAGGAAGUGAAUAUUUUAGAUACGAAAUUAAUCUUCUGUGCUACUUCAAUGGAAGUUAUAUUGUGAACAAUGAGAUUUAACAAUAAAGAACUUGCUUUCCUAGCACAACAAACCUCCAGUUGUUAUGAUAAAGAAGGGUUUUUAUACAUCAAACAGAAGAAUGACAAGCUCUUCAAGAAAGGAGAAGCUUUUGUUGAAAGGUUCUUCAGACUGAGAGGAAAUCUACUUUUUUAUUUCAAGGGAAAAGAUUUUAAAUCAGACCCACAGGGAGUGUUUGUUCUAGAGAGAUGUACAGUAGAACUUGAUGUCAAUGAACAACAGAACUUCUCAUUUGUUAUAGUGUUUGAAGGGGAUGAGGAGAUUUACACAUUUUCUGCUAAAACUGAGGAAGAUCGAGAUGGCUGGAUCCAGGCACUACAUGUUGCCAGCUAUGAGUGCCUUAAGAUGCAGCUUCAGAGCCUGAGAGAACAGGUUCAAGCCAAGACAGGCAAAGAUCCAAUGGUGCACAUGAUGCCGUCUGAUACAGGAAUGGAGUUUGAGACGCAGGCUGCAGGCUCAACUGAUGAUCCUGCCAUGGAGAUAAGUUUAGAAAUUGAAGGUUUGCCAAAUGAUAGUACAGGUUUACCGCCCAACCCUUUUGUUGUUAUCUAUAUCAUAGUACCACCACAACAACAGAAUUGGCUGCAGCACAACCAUACUGAAAUGGUGGAGAAAAACAACAACCCUCAUUUUCUUAAGACAGUAGGGUUUGGAGAUUCCAGUGGCCUUGAGCCUACGACAAGAGUCAAGGUUACAGUGUACCAUGUGAAAGAGAGAAUGACAGGAACUAUGACGCAGAUUGGACAAGUGAUAUUCACUUUAAAUGAGUUAUUACUUUGCACUGAUAUGAAACUGAAGCUCUGUCUUAUGGGUACUGACAACAGUAAGGUUGGGAUUUUGACAAUUGUGGGUUGGUUGAAUGAAGGAACUGGACCUGUAGUGGACAUGCAGGAUAGCAAUGAGGUAUUCUCGGACCAGGCUAGACACACUAGACCAAUUUCUUUUAAAAGACGUUCAAAACGUUUGGAUACCUUAAAACCCAUGUGUGAAAACAUAACGACUCGUACAUUCCAAUUUGAAACUAACGAUGCUGUGAAAUUAAUGGUGUAUGAAUACAUGGCGGAAAGUAAAUACACAUUUGAGAUUCCUAUCAAAGUUUUGAAACUAUUCAUAGAAGAAGAAAAAUUAAGAAUUAAGCAGCUCAAUGAUUUAGGACAGCUACCAAGGCUGUUAGAAUCACACGUGGCAGUAGAUAUAAAUUAUCGAGCUGCCAUCGUAAUGGAGUACACAGACGCUGUAAACAUCUUGGCGUGUUAUCGAGGUUCUGUCAUGAAUGAUCCCAAAAUGAAACCACGGAACAGUUUUAAGCCGAGCAGUAAGAAGGGUGACAAAGAGUUAGAGUUUGUACCAAUCAAUCUACACUUACAGAGAAUGACUGUACUUAAUGAGUCUACUGAGGCAUGUGGAUGCUAUGAUAUAGUAACUGUAGGCUCCUUUGCUGCUCAUGCUCGUAAAUUCCGUUCCGGAGGACUGUCUCGUAUGCUGCAUCAGUUGCAGGAACAUUACACACCAGAGGGCACUCUGAGCAAGGUGUCAAAGGUCAAACGAGCAUGUGAACUUGUGAAUAAUCUACAUCAGUUACAGAUAGACAUCAUUAAAAUUUGUGAUCGUGUUUGCCAUGAGGCCCUGCAAGGGAACGCAGAUAGCUUAACAAUAGCAACAAGUGAAUUGGCAGAAAAGGUGAAAGAGUUGGUUCUUGAUUGUGCGAGUCCAAUAUUACAAAGCACAGCAAACAAACUAGCUGAUAUACACGAGGAGUUCGAAGCACUCGCUGAAGAAAAGGCAAAAUUGAAACAAGGCGAGAAAUCUCCCGAGAAUGAUUGGAAGUGGACAGGAAGUUGUUUUGUGAAAAGUCCUACUGUUGAACCCUGGGAUAUGACGCGAGUGAACACUGAGGCAGCACUCGUAUGUCUGACAUCCAUGGUUGAAGAUCUAGUGCAGAACAAAUCGGGAACGAUGGAUCGUCCAAAAUGGCUCGGUGAUAUCAGCCCGGCAGUGAUCAAAUUGAAAAGUUUUGUCGAAAUUGUGUGCCAAAAAGCAACCCACUUCAUGUCAUUUCUUGAUCUCAUGGAACACAAAGAUAGUCUCAAGUUGAUGCAUACAAUUAAAUGUAGAAGAGAUGUGGCAUUCAGUCAUGCUCUGACGACCCUUGUCACAGGAUUUAUGCUUCACAUGAAUUCCUAUGUGGAUAAUGCAGCCAUCAUGGAUCAGAUUUGCAAUAUAGGUGUUUUACUAGAAAUGGAGGGUUUACUCAGUUGCCAUAGUGACGAAGUUGGUAUGUUGGAAGAUAUGGUUGUUGCCAUGGAUGAUCUUUCAACGGUGACCUUUAAACUUGUCCAUGAAACAGCUCAGAAAAAUUCUAUAGAAUUGACAACAAAGAGCUUCAAAAAGGCAGGACUAUAUCCAGAUCUCAAUAGACACCACAUAUGUGUUGAAAUUCCUAUGAAGAAACAACAUUUUGAGAAACUACCUCAGAAGUUACAGUCAGGGUCAGAGGUCAAGGUCAUACCAGUUUUCUUCAACGUCGGUAUCAAUGAGCAAGCCACUCUUGCAGAAAAGUUUGGGAGUACAGGACUUCAAGAUAAAUCUAAUGAAGAAAGUUUAGGGCGCCUCCACAGAUAUGUUGAAGCGCUGGAGGAAGUUAGCACUAUAAAAGAGCAUAAAGUUGUAGGGACCAUACCAGAGCUGAUGCAACAGUUACGGUACAAUAUGUACACUAAGAAAAGUAAAAAUGUGGAGAUACUACAUCUUGCUGCAGAGUUGUGCAGAAAACUUCAUGGAAUACGUAUGACAUGCUGUAAAAGUGCCAAAGAUCGUACGGCGAUGUCUGUUACUCUAGAACAAGUCCAGAUAUUGCAGCGUGACCAUGACCUUGCUUCUCACGUGUUCUCGCAUUCUCUCGAUUGUUUUAGAAGUGAAGGUGUAAGACGAGAGAAUACUUUCAAAAAUAUUGGUUCUCGGAAAUAUGCAUUUAACAGUCUGCAGUUGUUGUCAUUUCCAAAACAGUAUAGACCUCCGAAUGGUACCUACGGAAAUGUACAAAAUUAAUUGUUAUGUUAGAGAAAUAGUAAAACUAUAGAAAUGGUGGAGAUAUUGGCCAUAGGUUGGCUAAAAGUCUGUGGUGCAGUAGUUAGCAGGUUGGGCUACGUCAAUGAUCUGGGCUUGAUUCCCUACCUGAAAUGGAUCUGGAUGGAACAAAGUGGAGCCCAUGGCUUUUGUGAUAUUUAUGCACCUCCCCAGCAUCCAGUAUUAGCCAACACCAUUGCAAACAGUACCAAUUUAAGUAUAUAGCCCAGCACUGUCUGAGCAUCAGCCACAACUACCCAUUUUAAACCAUUACUACUAUUGACUGACUAUGACUUUAUCAGAAAGAAACUUCAAUCUUUCCCUAUACAGUUCUUAUGUCAUCACUUUUAGUUUUUUGAAAAAUUGUCUCUGCCUUUUUGAAAACAAAGAUCUGUGCAUUCGAGCCUAAAAAGAUCAACAUAAGCGCCACGCCAUGAGAAAACCAACAUAGUGGCUUUGCGACCAGCAUGGAUCCAGACCAGCCUGUGCAUCCGUGCAGUCUGGUCAGGAUCCAUGCUGUUUGCUAACAGUUUCUGUAAUUGCAAUAGGCUUUGAAAGUGAACAGCAUGGAUCCUGACCAGGCUGCGCGGAUGCGCAAAGCCACUAUGUUGGUUUUCUUAUGGUGCUGCUCAAAAGCAUUUUAAAAUAGUGUUGAUGCAGUGUGAUUGAGUGAUAUUGCAGUAGUAUAUUUUUCUCGUGUGCUUGUUGAACCCGUUUAGGUAUUGGUUAAGAUAUUGGAUCAAGACUGGAGUGAUUGUUAGUAUAUAUAUUUGUGUAAUGGGCAAUAUGAAUGAUCUUUAUUUGAGGUAGGAGAAGCUUUUCAACAGUUACACUGUUACCAAAAUUUGUUACAUAAUGAGUUCAUUUAGUGUCACUAAGACCAUAUACAGGAAAGGUUUGUUAUAUAUGAGGGUCAGGGGAUGUAUAACAUGUGGUCUUCUUGUGUACACAAAGGAGCAUAAGAACGGCUCUUCUUUACAUAUAGCAAGCUGCUGAAUUGCACUGUCAAACAAUUUUUAGCAAACAUACAUGUAUAGCAUUCAUUCUCAUUAAUUACAGGCUAGACAUAGACCUUAAAGACCAGUCAAGGUAGACCUCUGGUACGUCAAAUAUAUUUAUAGUACAGAAAGUGAAGUCUGAAUCUCUACUGUUAAGAUUUUCUCUUCUGUAUUAUGUGAUGAAGUCUGAGAGAGAUUAUAUCAUCGCCUCAACGCGAAACUAGUCUAUGUGUAUAUAGAAAUGAAGCAGAUAGACUAGUUUCGCGUUGAUGCCACGAUAUAUCUUUGUUGUAAAGUUUCUGAUUUUGAUUUUGAUUAUUAUAUUAAUAUAUUAAUAUCAAGAUUAUUUUACUUAUUGUUGAUCAUUGUAUAGAUUAGUGCAAUAUGUCUGGGUUUAAUUUGCCAAAAUCAAAGCAUACUGCUUUAUUGUUACUGUUUUUUAUGUAAUAUUGAUAAGUGAAAUAAUAAAAUGAUUGCUAAAUUCA